AUGUUCUCAGCUCGCUGGCAGGUCAAUGCAUACUCGAGGGUUCUGAGAAGAUGCCUGGAAAAUGAUGGUGUGCUAGUACCUCGACGAGCAAUCCACAGAACGGCCGCCGCUGGCUCUCCAGGAGCCCCCGCACGUCUUCCGAGUCCUUACCUCAAGCGUACAUACUCUACGCCGUCAACGGAGACAACCACUGCACCCGGAGUCUCAGAAGUUUCACUUAACAAGUACGAAGCUGCAUGCACCAACCACCUCAACAGUCUGUUCUCUCCUUUGGACUUCCCACCAGAGAUAUCUCGGCGUUUGCUCACCCAUGCGAGCCAUCCAACCGCUAUACAUGGACACAGUGGGAGAUUCGGGUUCCUAGGCCGCCGUGCCUUGGAGAUGUACUUUCUAUCGUUCUUGCACUCGAAUGUGAAUGCGGCGAAACACCAGUCGUACGACUACGCAGCCAUCCUCGCACGGUCACUUCACACCUACAAUCUCGGCGAGCAUGUUGCUCCGAAGUGGUCCCUAGGUGAUGCUUUGAUCUGGAGUCCAGCGGCUUCAGCAGACCUACUUGAUGGUGCGCCUUCGCGAGGACCUGACCCUCAUAUGACGGGUGAAUCCUGGUCACAUUUGGCUGGGCUGCGGUCGAUUGGGCUGUACAAGGUUAUGGGCGAGGCCGUUCAGGCUGUGAUGGGAGGCAUCUACCACCAAUUUGGCGGCUCUGUCGCGCAUCGCGUCUUCCAUACCCGGGUUCUGCCUCAUGUGCUCCUGCCUAAUGCCCCUGAGGGUGUACCUGUCGAAUUCCACGCCGCCGCCCUCAACGUAUGCGAGCGCAUGGGCGGGGUCAACGGGCCUUUGCUACCUAACAACCCAUCACCAUCAAAGCUUAAGGCUUGA